AUGCUGUCGACCAGGCACACGACCUACAUUGUUUACGUUCCAAUGUCCAUUGUGCAGAUGCUUUGGCCUGCAACGUUUUUCUUAUUCACGAGCGCACAGGAUGCAGUCGAAGCAGCUUUGGUGGAAGACCUCGAACAACCUGCAAGCGCUCCUUCCGGGAUACAUUCUUUAAGUGUUGCCUCGUCACUGCCGCCACUGACCUUGGUCGGCAAGCACUUUGACCGCGUGGUCAGGGCUGCAGAUCCGACCAGCGAGGAGUGGGACGCGGUUGCCUUCUUAGCACUGCUCUGCCUUGACGAGCGGCAAUGCGCUGAGCUUGAGGGUCAAUUUGACAGGCAGGAGAGCAUCUUUCCUUCCGUUGCUUCCGUAUGGGGUGUGGCUGUGCGAAGGACCGUCAAGGUGGGCGGUCGCUUCUUCGGCGGCCGCCCUUCCUUGGCAGAGCUACGAAAGCUCAACGUCCCAGGCCUCGACGAGCAGGUCGGCGGACAGAAGAAGGCGUUUGGAGGUGAUGCAUCAUCAGGCAGAGGCCUUCGGUCUGGAGCAAGUUGCCUCGAUGUGUUGGAGAAGAGAUCUGUGCUCGUUGCCGUGAGAUCACGGCCUUUCAAUGAGCGAGAGAAAGCAGCUUCGUCGGGCGACUGCCUGUCCUUCCAGGAGGAAACUGGCAUGACACUCCAUCGGGAGGAUGACAAAGACUAUCGCUUCGCCUUUGAUUGUGUGAUGCGCCCGGAAACAGAGCAACGUGAGGUGUAUGACAGAACGGCGAGACCACUGCUGCACAAAGUGUUGGAAGGCUACAACGGAUGCCUGUUCGCAUAUGGGCAGACCGGAUCUGGCAAGACCUUCACGAUGCAGGGGUCUUCCGACCAGAAAGGCAUCAUUCCAACUCUUUGUACCGAGCUCUUCGGCGAGAUCAAGGAGUGCGCCGACAAGCGCAACAUCACCGUUGUCUGUAGUGUGCUUGAGAUUUACAACGAGAAGGUGAGGGACCUGUCGGUCGACUCCAGUGAUGACCUGUCUAUCCGAGAGGACACUGCAGAAGGUGGGAAAGGCAUUCAUGUCGAGGGCUUGACGGAGGUGCAGGUCCGCAGCUGUGAGGAAGUCUUGGACUGCAUCGCCAAGGCCCAGCAGAGGAGGGCCGUGGGCAAGACCAACAUGAAUGAGCACAGCUCCAGAUCUCACUCGGUGGUGACCCUGCGGAUUGGCGCCUACGACUGCGACGACGUGGAUGGGGCAACGCUGACUGUUUCGAAGCUGCAUUUGAUUGACCUCGCGGGCAGUGAGCGGCAAAAAGCCACAGGUGCCACUGGAGACCGUCUGAAAGAAGGUGCUCAGAUUAAUUUAUCCCUCUCCGCACUUGGCAACGUCAUCAAUGCCUUGACCGAGCGGGCUUCUGGAGGCCGUCACAUUCCCUACAGGGACUCCAAGCUGACGCGCAUGUUGCAAGACUCGCUCGGUGGCAACUCGUAUACCGUGAUGAUUUGUAACGUGUCUCCUGCGAAAAUCAAUGUGGAUGAGACUCUGUCGAGUUUGCGCUUUGCCGAGCGCGCCAAGAAGAUCGAGAACAAGGCGGUGGUGAAUCGCGACCCAAAGGGUGAGCGAAUCCUGGAGCUGCUGCAGGAGAACAAGGCCCUUCGGGCGAAGAUUGCUCGCUUGGAGGCGCACGUUGAUCGUCUCGAAAUGCACUACGACAAGUAA